AUGAAGAAGGACAAGAGGAAGAAGUCAGAGGCCAGACGCCGUGGCUCCAUCUUACAGCACGGUAGCUCCGAAUCUGCCUCACAGCAGCAGCCUGGCUCUGGAUCUGACUCACAGCAGCAGCCCAGCUCCAGAUCCAUGUCACAGCAGCAGCCAUGCCCUGGAUCCGUCUCACAGCAGCAGCCAUGCCCUGGAUCCGUCUCACAGCAGCAGCCAUGCUCUGGAUCCGACUCACAGCAGCCCAGCUCUGGAUUCUCCUCACAGCAGCAGCCGGACUCUGAAUUCACCUCACAGAAGCAGUCGGGCUCCAGACCCGGACUCAUCCCACAGCAUCUUGUGUCCCAGGCUUUCCGAGCUCCCGAAAUCAGCCAGUCAGCUCGGGGCCGGCAGUGUCACAACACUAGCACAAAACCAUCCUCUGGACCCAAAAAAACAGGGCCUCUGACUCAGCCAGGCCCGCACCCCUUGUGUUCCUGUUCUGCUUGUCCCUGCAGUUCUACUUGCUGGCGUCGUCUGGGCCUAUGUCACAGCCGCAUCUUCGAUGUCCUUCUGCCUCGGGUCUGGCCAACCAUGCCAGGGAGAGGAUUCCCAAACCUCCUCACCUUCUACAGAAAACCUACAAGAAAACACUCCAUUCAUCGUAAUUCGCGUGCUCCAAGCUCUCGGGACUGUGAUAGUAGCUCUGGGGGCACUGGGAGCAGCCUACUACACCAUUGA